AUGACCGCCACUACCACACCCGCCGCAAACACUACCGUCUGGGACACCAAGACCCAGCAGUUCCACGGAGGCCAGGACUGGAAGUUCCUCAACAACUUUGUCGAAGAUUUUUCCGUCACCACCAACUGCCUCGGCACCCCUGUCAAGGCCAUCAACGCCGCUCGUGAUGCCGUCGCCACUUGCCACCACUACCCCCCUGCAAACCAGGAGCCCGCAAAGUCGUCGUUGGCUGAGUGGAUUUGGCCCGAGGCAUGGCAGACCAACAGCGAGCGUCUCUUGCUCGGUAACGGUGCCUCUGAGUUGAUCGAUCUCGUCAUCCGAUCUGCUCCUCAGGGUUCCUGGAAGGCUGGUCCUUGGGAUGUCCAGUACAAGGAGUACCAGAGAUCGGCAGAGACCAACGGCCGUGAUAUCCUCUCACCCAAGGGCGACGAUAAGGCCAACGUUGUCUGCAUCGUCAACCCCUGCAACCCUACCGGAGAUUACAAGUCCAUUGACGAGUUGAAGACCUGGAUCUUGGAUAACGUUCAGGACAAUGGAGUCGUCGUCAUCGACGAGUCGAUGCAGAUCUGGGUUGGACCCCACUUCCGUGAGGACUCGAUGACCAACCAGACCGAAUUCUUGGAGAAGACGUUCAAGGAGCGCAACAUUUCGAUUUACGUGAUCCACUCCUGGACCAAGAUCUGGUCUUGCACAGGACUCCGUCUGGGCUCGAUUGUUUGCCCCACCGUCUCGCACUGCGUCGAAUUGAAGCGCAUCCAGGUCCCCUGGUCCGUCAACAGCCCCGCAUUGGCCUUCUUGGACGAGGUCGUCCGUGAUAAGGAGUACCUCGAGGAGACCUGGAGAGUCACCCCCAUCUACCGUGCUCAGUUGAUUGAGCGUCUUGAGACCCUGGCUGGAGGUCGUAACUGGGAAUACUUUGGCAAGUCGUACCUGAGCUGGGUGUGGGCGGAUCUGAAGGAUGCUGAGCUUGCCGAGAAAGCUAUUGAGUUGGCUAAGGCUGCUGGUGUCCCUGUCCGUUCGGGCAAGCCUGGAUAUGAGCGUCCUACGUUUGUUCGUAUUGCUGUUCGCGAGCCAAAGCAGACUGAUGUCCUCUUGAACGCCUGGAAGGACCUGUAA